UCCAGUUUUCAUUCAAUUCAUUUUACAUCAACUUAGUGGUCGGAGAAACAGAGGUCAUCAUUACGGUGUGACUGUAAAAAUCUAAGGUUUAUGUAAACUGUUAUGUGUGUUAUUAGUAUUUCCGAAGGCAAACCACAUCCAAAUUCUAAGCUGUCUGGUGUAGUGGACAGUUAAAGUAGAUUACACUGUCUGAACUGUAAGCGUAAUAUACUUUCACUUCCAAACCAGUCUACAUAUCCUGUUCAGAUGUUUACUUUUGAGAUAUGUCAACCACGUAUUGCUGUUUGUUUUAAAGUCACUUGGAUGUGUAUAGAAAGCUUGUUCUUCCUUCAUCCCCAAAUGCUUGUUCAUUAUCGAUGUUUGGGGGUGUCUUUCUGUAAUGCUGUAGAAUUUUUACCUUGAUAUAUAAAAUGUCUUGUGAAUUAUGGAUAUAUUAAUCAUGCUUAACUGACGACUUACAAAAUGACCACAAUAUCCUUAACAUGCACUUUGGUUUCAUAUCUAUGUGCAUGUGUCCACAACAUAUACUUUUUUUCUCUACUUAAACUUUCCCAUUGCUACAAAUAUUUGAAUGUCUUAGGUCUCGUGAACAAGUUUGAUAGAAAGAACUUCAAAAUUAACAUUUUGAGUUUCAUUUAAUUUGGCUUUUUCUGCUUCUCGACUUUCACAGAGUGAUCGUUCAGUGUCUGUGGGUGAAGUUCAACAUACAAUGGCAGAAAAACCCUUGACAGACUGGGACAGUGGUCUCCUUGACUGCUUUGAGGAUGCAAAUACUUGCUGCUAUGGAUUCUGGUGCUGCCCCUGUCUCGCCUGCACUGUUUCAGGAAGAUUUGGAGAGAACAACUGUCUCCCUUUAUGUGAUAUAUGUGGCUCUGGUGUAUUAGCAGCCUUCGGGAUACCUGUUUGUGUUCCUCCUGCAGUUUUGUCUGUAAGAGCUGCCAUGCGAAACAGAUAUGGCAUCAAGGGCUCUCUCUGUAAGGACAUUGUAAUUUCCUGCUUCUGUGAGUGGUGCUCCUGGUGUCAGAUGCAUCGCGAGUUAAAGCAUCGCAAGAAAGCGCCAACUGUCAUCAACUUACACAAUAACACGGUUAUCAACAUGCAGCCUAUUCCAACUUUUCAGCCAGGAGUGAUGAUGAUGCCUGCACAACCAGUUGCAACUGGUUUCAUGUCUCAACCAACAGUGGUCAUUCAAACAAAGUAACACUCGUAGAAAUCUGAUGCUGCUCAGAGUGUGUUCUCAUGUAUUUACUUGUAAAAGCAAGAAUGUAAUCAUUUAGUAUGUUAAAUUCUUACUGUUGAUUUCCUAGUUUUCAAGAAAAUUAAGAGAGUUAACAUAAAUGAUGGGAAUGAUGAUUCGCCCAUUUGAAGUUUAGUUACAAAUGUAAAUGUACUUUAUUGUUGAAGUAAAAGCGAUGUUUUACAGGCUCAAUAAAAACAAAUCUGCACCCCA